UUAGAAAUCGGGCUCGGCAUUAAUAACACACCUCUAAGUAAAACAAAAGAGUUCCGUUACUUGUUCAAUCAUAACAUUGGGAAAGCAUGCCAUUUUAAUAGCCCUUGAAGAUUACAGAAGGUUGAAGAAGAAUGGUUGCUUGAUCCUCCUUAUCUUCGAUUGAAAUUUGAUAUGAAGAGGAAGAAGAAACUGCUACUUAUUUGGCCAAUUUUGUUGCUUUGUAUUUUCAAAAGAUGUCAAGGGCUGUGUCCUACAGACAUCAGCUGUGGAUGGAAGUCUCAAUGUCUUAAUGGAAGCUGUCAGUGCUCCCCUGGAUAUACACUGCACUCCAACCAACAGGACUGCCAAAAUGUAAGUUGUUCACUUCAAGACUGCCUGGAGUGUGGUGCUAAUGGAUGUCGCAGGUGUACAAAUUUUCUUGAUGAAGAAACACUUAACUGUUUGGAGAAAUGCAAUGGACAAGCGCAGAAGUUGAAACUGCCCCAUCUCCAGGGAAAUAUAUGUAAAAGGUAUGAAAAUGACACUGCCAAUAUCAACAUCAUUAUAGGAGUUGUAGCAGGUGUUUCAGCUGGAAUUUUACUGUGUGUGAUCGUAGGCAUCAUAUUUUAUUGUCAUCUGAAAAGAACAAGGAAAAAAAUCAACUUGCAUCAGAAACAUUACAAGGCUGGAAACAUGCAGGCAGGCACCCACACCACUAUACCUCUAUAUGACAACAAAGGAUUUGAACCAGACUCAGACAUGCUACAGAAGAGUGUGGUAGAUAAGGAGGUGUACUUGACAGAGCUGGAUAAGCUGAGACCCCAGGCCCCCUCCCUCCUGACCCUCCUCAAUCACAUCAGACAGAAGCUCAGAGCCAUGGACCCCCAGGAUGCCAGAGUUUCCACAUACAAAGGAGUCAUUCAUCAGUUGUGUCGAGUGCUAGUAUUGGUCCAUAAGAAAGACCCUGGAGCCAGUAUUCCAUCUGAUGCUCUUGGCCUUCUUGAGUGGGCUACUCAGAUGCUGGAGGAUCAUCAGCUGGGAAAUCAGGAGCAGAAUGGAUCAGGUGAUUCUGCUGAGGCAGGUGAAAGCAAAAUAUCGUACAUAGAUGUUCCAGAUAAACAACAGAACCAUCAGUAUGCAGUUCCCAAUGUCACGCGGGCCGAGAGUGAUAGCAAUAUCGCCUCUCAUGCUAGCUACUACAGCAGUGCCCCAGUGCCAGUCGAAUAUCAUAGCCACACAUUGCCUUCUUACGCAAAAAUUCGCAAUUCUGUCUCAACUCUUCUUCCUGAUAAAAAUAGGACCAAGAAAGAAACUGUCCAAAAACUCACUCAAAAUCCAAUAAGCAGUUCUAAGAGUAAUGAUUCAUCACUAGGUUACUUCAGAAACGGUCAUUAUUAUGACCCUGGUCCCAAUCCAGAAGUCUAUGCCCCUGCCAGUUCUUACAGUGAUCGAAGCACCAAGCUUCUGUCCACAUUCCAGUCAGAUCUUAGGAGAACACCGUCCAUUUCUUCAUCUGUGUCGUCUGCUGGAGGAGUGGCAAGAGAUGAUGCUGACGACGAGAGCGUUAAUAACGAUCCACUUCCUUUUGAUCCGAAAGAUGCCACGGAGCCAGUGGAAGUUUAAGUAAUCCAUUUCCAGAAAAGCAGCACACAAAAGUUUUAUCGUCCCAUUUCUUGAAAUGGUCAGCCAUUAAAGUACAUGUAGGAUAGUCAAUGUGAUCAGACAUUAACAUAUCAAAGUGUGGGUGCUUUUUGGGGGUAAACUUUUUGCAUUUUUUUUUUACAAGCAAUAACAUGGUAUACAUGUAUUUUUCUCCUUUUCUACAUUUUUAAAAAUUCUUUUACUGAUCCAUUUAUGUUUUUAAAAUCAAGUUCCUAUUUUAGACUUGAAUUCUAUGGGUAUUUUUAAGUUUAACUUUGUUUUCAAUAUGGUUGUGUUGCAUCU